UCAGGCUUUUCGUAAGCUACCUAUACCUCAGGCUUUUCGUAACCUACCUGCUUUCAAAUUUUGUUUAACAUAAUCCCGAAUAAGACCAGCAUUUCGUAUACUUGAGCAACUUUUUUGCGAAGAACAGUAGAGGGAGGACUUUUGAAUCCUUUUCGUCGUCCUUAUCGCCACCAUAAUGUCUAGUGUUUCCAAGAAGAAGCGCGAGGCCAAGAAGGCCGCCGCGGCUGCUACUGCGCCGCCCAAGAAAACUACGGAAUCGAAUGGAUUGACUAACGGGCAUGCUCCCGCUGCCACUGAAACUGUGACCGCCGUCGAUAGCAAACUAGUGGCGAACCUGGAAGUGGAACUGAAGGAACUCGACAUGAACAGCGAGUUCCGCACCUGCACCGGCGUGUUGGCCAGUCAUCCGCAGUCGCGUGAUCUAAAAAUCCAUAAUUUUUCCGUGAAUUUCCACGGGUUUGAGUUGUUGCGCGACACACAGCUGGAGUUGAACGCGGGCAAUCGGUACGGUCUGAUCGGGCUGAACGGCAGCGGGAAGAGUACGCUGCUGGCGGUGAUCGCCCGCCGCGAGAUCCCCGUCCCCUCCGGGCUGGAUAUCUUCCAUCUGCACCGCGAGAUGGCCCCCGUGGAUAAGACGGCGCUGGAGUGUGUCAUGGAGGUGGAUGAGGAGAGGAUGCGGCUGGAGAAGGAGGCGGAGGAGCUCGCGCACGCUGAUCCUGAAGCCUCGCACGAUAAAUUGAUGGAUAUUUAUGAGCGGUUGGACGAACUGGGAGCGGAGACUGCUGAAACGCGUGCAGCGCAUAUCUUGCAUGGUUUGGGCUUCACGAAACAGAUGCAGCAAACUAAAGUCAAGGAUUUCUCCGGAGGCUGGCGAAUGCGCAUUUCCCUGGCCCGUGCCCUCUAUCUCAAACCUUCUAUGCUUCUCCUAGACGAACCGACAAACCAUCUAGAUCUGGAUGCUUGUGUGUGGUUAGAAGAGGAACUGAAAUCGUACAAGAGAAUCCUCGUUGUGAUUUCGCAUUCACAAGAUUUCCUUAACGGAGUGUGUACCCACACUAUACAUCUGAAUCAAAGGCAACUUAAAUACUACGGUGGUAAUUAUGAUUCCUUCGUGCGAACACGAGCAGAGCAAAUGGAAAACCAACUUAAACAGUACAAAUGGGAACAAGACCAAAUCGCCCACAUGAAGGAGUACAUCGCUAGAUUUGGGCAUGGUAGUGCCAAACUAGCGCGACAAGCGCAGAGUAAAGAGAAAACACUGGCCAAGAUGGUGGCCGGUGGCCUAACAGAGCAGAUUGCCAAAGACAAACUGUUCAACUUUUCCUUUCCGGACCCGGGACCAAUUCCCCCGCCCGUCAUUAUGGUGCAGAAGGUUUCUUUCCGCUAUAAUGAAACGAAGCCCUACAUUUACAAAGAUCUGGAAUUCGGUAUCGAUUUGGACACCCGCGUCGCUUUGGUGGGUCCAAAUGGUGCCGGAAAAUCGACAUUACUAAAAUUAUUGGUUGGGGAGUUGGUUCCUACAGACGGAAUGAUCCGGAAGCAUCCUCAUGUGAAAAUCGGGCGAUACCAUCAGCAUCUCCACGAUAUGUUGGAUCUGAAUCUGUCUGCCGUUGACUUUAUGAUGAAAGCAUAUCCAGAAGUUAAAGAAAUAGAAGAAAUGCGGCGGAUUGUAGGCCAGUACGGGCUUACGGGACGGCAGCAGAUUUGCCCUAUGCGACAACUUUCCGAUGGCCAGCGAUGUCGGGUAGUGUUCGCUUGGUUAGCUUGGCAAGUUCCCCACUUGUUGCUCUUGGACGAACCGACGAAUCAUUUGGAUAUGGAGACCAUCGACGCGCUGGCAGAUGCCCUUAACGAAUUCGAAGGCGGCAUGAUGCUGGUCAGUCACGACUUCCGGCUGAUCGAUCAGGUGGCCAAGGAGAUUUGGGUGUGUGCCAAGCAGACCGUGACGAAAUGGGACGGCACCAUUGGCUCCUUCAAGGAACAUCUGCGCGCCAAGAUCAACAAGGAACGGGCCGCGGAUGACGCUAAACUACAGUCCAAAGCGCAGGGUGAUAGUAAAGCUCUCCCUGCCUCUAAAUCGUCCACGAAGAAAGCGUAAGGAACGCUGGGAAGCGUUUCUCUGUCUAGUCCUCGUGAAGCGUUAAUGGUUUUGAAAAAUGGGAUGUGGAAUCAUCGGUUUGUGAUGAUGACCGUAAUUUAUCUGAUAACAACUGAGUUCUUAUUGGGAAUUCCCGCUUAUUGUGAACUAUGAAGCGGUUUGGUUGUGAAGAAUCAAGAAUAUACACGAGUUUGUUGAUGGUUGGUCGUAAAUCGUUUAAGUGUUAGCAUUUGCUGGACGAUUUGAAUACUCACCUUGUGAAGCAAAUUUAAGAUUUUUGGGUUACAUUUCCUCGAAGUCGUUCAUCAUACAAGCGUCGUUGAAAUAAAUUGCAGCA